AGAGAAGGCAGUUUAUUGAGAUGAAUAGGAAAUAAUAUGGCUGCCUCUCCUUUCAUGUAGCCGACAAGUUUCCACUGUAAAGAUGACCAAAGCUAAUGAUUUUGCAAAAUACACAUGCAUCUAAGUAAUGAAUUCGCUUCGUUAAGGGAUUAUGAAAAUGUGUGAUAUCUGUGCGGAUUUCCUGGAGCUUCUCCAAACUUAUGAGGAAAAGAUAAUAAAUGAAAAUGAAGAGAGACCAUACCUACAAAAAGAUGAAUUUGAAGUGGUACUUCAGUAUGUACAGUCAUGGACACAGAGACAGUGCAUGUGCUGCUUCCGUGAGGCGAAAAAUUAUGAAAGGUUUGGUGUUAUUACCCAAAGCAUUGUUCUUAUGGCCAUUAAACAGUUGCGUGAUUUAAAAGAAGAACUAGCUUCAAAACUUAAAGCUGAUAAAGCUACUGAAGCACCUGAAAAAGUGCCAGAAGCAUUGGAAAUUAAAGACAAAUCCAAUGAAAAAGAAAUAACUGUGAGCAACCAACAGUCACCCCCAGAACCAUCAACACCAGUUGUCAAUGGAGAGAAAGACAAAGAGGUGGAUGAUGAUAAAGGGGAGCAGAUAAAUCAAGAUGACUCAGACCCAGAGAAAAUGAAAUCCAGUUGUGACUCCCAUUCUAAUCCUCAAGAGAAGACUGACAACCCCACUAAGACUGAAAAUGUGAAGCCUGUAGAAGGUGAAGACCAUAACAAGGUAGCUCUCAAAGAAAAAUGGAGUUUUGAAGACAUAGAAAAGCUACUGACAUUUGUCUCAAAGGUGUUUUUGUUAAAUUUUCCUUUAUAUGUAGUUUACAAACACAGCUUGCAGGCCAAGCUGGAAGAGGUCAGCUCUCAGGAAAUGAACUCCAUUACUGUCUAUUGUGAUCUACAUGACACUGAAAUUCCUCUUCAUCUUUUCCGCAAUGUUUGUGUGUUUUGUAGAGCUGGUGGCAUGCAUGCUAUGACUCAACUAUUUGAGCAAGUUGAAUGCAUGCAAAUGUUGCCAGUGUCUAUGUCUCAUGCUCUUAUUGCGAUUGUUUGCAAUUUGAAACUGUGGCUCAAUUUUCGAUCUGUAGUUCAGCUGUUUGUUCCUCUUCGUGCAAAAGUAAUGCGCUACAUGUGUAGUUUAUCAGACAAAGAAUUACGCUUACCUAGUAUCCGCACAAUGGCAGAUUUCAUGUGGAGUGCCGUGAAAGAUCCCAUGGAUUCUCCAGUCACUUUUGAUGUUGACGGUCUAGAUCUAGCUUUUAAAUAUUUCACAAGUCCUACUUUAACUAUGCGUCUGUCUGGUAUUGCACAAAUUAAUAGUCACAUAACUUUAUUUAAUGAAGUGUGCAACAAUGAAAAUAUAAUUGAGAUUGAAAAUGUAGGACAGAAAUUGGCAGAGUGGUUGAUAAAUAAUAAAAUUAUUGCUCACAUAUUUGGCCCUAAUUUACAUGUAGAGGUCAUAAAACAGAGUCACAUGAUUCUCACCUUCCUUGCCAUGGAAUGUCGCAUUUCCAGCGAUCAUAUUGACACUAUUUGGCAAGCAGCUCAAUUAAAACACUGUAGUCGACAAGUGCAUGAUCUAUUGCCUCCACUUAUAAAGCACUUAGAAGUUGGCCCAGUGAUGCAUCUGUAUUCAUUACUUUGCCGAUUGGAACCCAAAGAGCACACAGAGCAGAGUUUGUAUUUAGCAUCUGCCCUCAUAAAAUUUAUCUGGACAAGUAGCACAGGCACUAAUCCAUUACAUGGAACACCUCAUGUUAGCCAUCUCCAUGGGCAUGGUCAUGUGCAUGGGCUCCUCUCCACAGAUGGUGUAGUAGGAGUUGGUGGUGCCGCAGGGCUCCUCAGCCUUGGUGGUCUCACAGACCUCAGCAAGGUGCCCAUGCCUGGCUUAGAUUGUCGUGUUGUUGCUUCACCGUUUAGUAGUUGCGACAAUAGUGCAAGCAUGGAACCUUCAAAUUCAGAUGAUGAUCAGGGUGAAAGCUCUGCUCAGAGUGAUGGACGGAAGAGUCCAAGUGAAACAAGUGAUGGUCCAACACCUUGCAAACAGCCUCGAAAACAUAGAAAACACAUCAGACAUCAUCACACAGCAGGAAACGGUGAUGACUCUUCUGAUGACAGCUUAAAAAUUGAAGAUCUGGAGGAGGAAGAGGAAGAAGAGGAAGAAGAAGAUGAAGACGAUGAACAAUCACCUGGCGUCUCAACCCCUAAACUGAUCCCCCAUACACCAAAGCCUGUUGAUUUAUCAGAUAAACCCAAAUCAUUAGAAAAGGUCAAUUCUGAUGAAAAAGAUGUUAGACCUGACAUUGAUCAAAGGCCACCUGCACGAGUUAGUAAAGAUUGUGAAGAUUCCACCGCACCAAUCAAACUCAACAGGACAGGCAAAAUGAGUGACAAUGAUAUGGAUGCUGAUGAGGAAGAUGAAGUGUUAGCAGAAACACCCCCAGUUGUCAACAAGAGAAAGAGGAUAGUAUAUGGUAUGAGAAAGCGCCCCCGCAAGUCCAUCGCAGGGAAAGAGCGAGGGGGAGAAAAAUUAAAAUCUGAUAAGGGAAUGGAUGUCAUGCUUUGCUAUGAAGAUGAGUUAGAUGAUGAUGAUGAUGAAGAAACAGGCACUGAUGCUGAUGAUGACUGCAGCAACCUUAGUUCCUCAAUGAGAGAUGCUGUUCCACAAGCCUUAACUCCUGAAAAGAAUGCAAAAGCACUUGAUCUCAUGAGAAGGCAACACAUGGGUCAUGAUCACUCAGGAGAAGGCCCCCAUGAUUCAACAACACUGCUCACGCAGGGUGCAGUAAUGACCGAACUGGCUAGUCUGGUUGAAGGGACUCAAUAUACUUCACCACAUGAAAUACACGAGUGCCGUCCUUUCAUCAAAUCAUUCCCACACCGCCUCCUGGCUGGAUGCUUGCCCACCUGGCACUAUUCUGCUAGACCCCUGGAUAUGAUGGAUGAUUUGCUUAGUGAGCCUGAAGGAAGCUAUUCCUCCCGAAUGAGCAACAAAUCAGAGAAAAAUCUUGCUGACUUUGAGGGAGAGGAGUCAAACUGUGAUGAGGAAAUAGCUCAAUUGGCAGCUCGAGCUCAUCAUCUUCAGCAAAUGGGUAUUCAGUGCUUUAGCCAACAUAGCCCAAAGCUUUGCCAUCGGCUAAGUCUACGUGAUGGGACGAGGGAUCAAAGAUUGCGCUCUCAAUUUGAUAUGGAGUGUGUUUGCAAGCCAGGAAGCACCUUACUUUGGGACUUACUUCAAGAUGAUAAAAUUGGCCAACUGGGCGAAGGUCUUGCAAUAGAAGCUGAGAAAGCCUUAUCGAACCUUCUGUGUUUCAACACUGAGAGAUUAAUUCGAAUGAAGUUCAUAGAAGGUUGCUUACAGAAUAUUGCAAACAAUUGGUCAGUGGUAGUAUCUUUGCGUAUGCUACCUAAGCUUUUGACAUCUUUUCAACAUGUGAGGAACAUGGAUACACACCAAGUUGCUAUGUGGGCUGAACAAGAGCACAAUAUGAUGGAUCAUUUCUUAGCAAAUCUUGAACAUUAUACUACACAAUGUCAAAAAGAAGGUUACACAGACACACUCUAUUCUCACCAAGUUCAAGUGCAAGUCCGCCUUCAGUUUCUGACAUCUCUGUUUUCUCCUCAUGGAUCUCCCAUGCAUUUUAGGCUGUCAGUUAAUCAGCUUGAUGUACUUUGGAAGUGUUUGGCAACGGAUGAACAGUGCUCAGAUGAGCUCUUUGCAUGGCUGCUCAGGCAGGCCAAAAGCAAAGACUUACAUGCUCUCAGUACUGAGUCUCUCAAACAUUUGUAUUUGAGGAAGCUUCCUUCAUUGCCAGCUGAAACCAUAAGCAUGACAGCUUUAAGUUUGUACCAGCAGUUAUGUAACAUGGCCCGGAUGGCAGCACAACAUUUUGAUUCUGAACCUAUUGGUAUGGAGUAUCUGUGGAAGAUAGCUCUACGAGCUAAUAAUACUGAUGUUAGUAUGGCUGCCAUACAGUACCUCAACAGUUAUUAUAUGGGGAGACAGCUAGAACAAGAAUGUGAAUUUGUGUCCCAGUGCAUGGCACAUCUAGUUGCAGCGACAACGGAUUUAGCCUUGGCUGAAGAAGCAAGCCUUCUCUGCAUUCAGCGAGCUCUUUUGCUUUUAAAGACGCAUCUCGAAACUUUCAGAAAGCGAUAUGCUUACCACCUUCGUCGUUGGGCCUUAGAAGGCAGAGGAGUUGGAAGUCAUGUCCAGCUUCUGAGUGGGGAAAGAGGUUGUCAGACUUUGAAAGUUGCAGUCCAGCCUGCAGGGAUGAAUGAAAAAGUUAUAUUUGAACUACUCUCAAGUGACUUCAUAGCAGAUCUGCGAGCGGAAGUGGCAAAAUGGUGGGAGUCCAUUCAGCCAUCUCCUGCCUUAGGUACUCUGUUAUCCGAAGGGCCUCUCCGAAUGAUAACCCAAGGUCAAGAACUCAUAACAGAUUUUGAUGAGAAAACUCUGCAAGAAAUGGGGUUUAAAAAUGAACAAAUGGUUUACAUAUCUAUGGGUGCUUCAAGACCUCAGAAAAAGAGAGAUUCAGUGGACUCUCCCUCUGUUCUUCCACCUCCACCUAGAGAAUGCUUACCAACAUUACUGCUUCUUCAGCCUCAAUAUUUUGAACACUUGUUCACGCUGAUGCAGACUUUGAGUAGUAUGAAGACACCAGUAAAAGGAGGAAAGCAGAUACCUCACACCAAAGCACAAGUGUUGUCAAGGAGAGUGUGGGAUAUACUUACACUUUUGCCCACUAGUCCCACACUCAUGCGAGGUUUUGAAUCAUUCGGAGAAGUGUGUGAUGAUGAAAAAUCAGGAGAUAGGCCUUCACUUGAAACUUUGCUUGACCCUAGCAGUCCACAAAAGCUGAUGUACUCUCUCUAUAUUGUAGAAAGUUUAAGCAGACCUGCAGGAGUAUCUAAUUCAGGUCCAAAAAGCAGUCACAGACUAAACAAUAUCGGAGGGGAUGGUGAUGUGUCAGUUAGUUCUAAAGGCACUAAUGGCCUGUCUUGGAGCCAAGUGUUUGUCAAACAUGGUGGUCUUAGACAUCUAUUUGAUAUCUUCAUGUCUGGUGUGCUGCAAAGGUCAGGGGGAGAUGGCAGUGAGUGGCAACAAGAUUGUUUAGCUUGUCUGCUGAAGCUCUUGUGCCAAUUAGGCAUGGCACAACCGGAGGACAGUGAAAAGGACCGAUCACUCGAAGCUCAAGAUUCGAGAGAAGGUGUUCGUAGCUCAAAGCGUCAACGUAGAAUGAGGAAAAGCAGUGCAGAAAAGCUAGUAGUGCCUAAACUCAAUGAUACAAUGCUUCAAAUGAUGGAAACUGAUCCAGUCAUGCUCCGCUUAACGACGAUCCUCCAUGAAGCUUCCCUUCCUAGAGAUCCAAAUCACUAUAAGACUGGUUUCUGGGGAAGAGCUCAAGUUGUGCAUUAUGCAAUGGCCUUGUUAGUGUCUUGGGUGCAUUCGGAGGAUGGAGCAAGACAGGCAUUGUUUCAACAGAGUAAUUUUGCCAACUGGCUUCAAAGGCUAGUCCUUGAAGAUCCAGAGCCUGCUGUAAGAAGAGAGGUUUGUACAGCAUUGUACAGGCUUUGUCUAGGAACACCAGUAGGGCCUGUGGCAAAUCCACCCUCACCAACAAUCAGUGCGCCAAUGCUGGCUCAGUUAUUACAAUUUCUGCCAAUUGCAGAGAGUAUGCGGCCACCUCGAUUAGAAAAUCUCCAUCAUACAGAAGAUGGAAAAGAACCAUAUGGUCCAGCUUGCCGAGAUUAUUUUUGGCUCAUGUGCCGGCUUGUUGAUAGUCUACCUGAUGAAUUUGUGCGAGAGAGCAUUGAAGAUCCGAAUAAUUGCAUACUUGGUAUCGAUAAAUUAGCCAGACAGUUAGUCCUGGCAGUGCUGAGGCGAGAUUUCCUUGAAACUAGACAUAAUACUAUAGAAGAUGACGGUUUGGUGGGUCUGCUUAAUCUAGCUACUGUGACCUUUAAGCACAGACCACCUUUGUCCUCAAGCAAAGAGGGACAAGAAUUUUUGUCUGAGGUUUUUGAAUUUCUCUUUGCUUUACCAAAUCCAAGAAAAAGAUAUGUGCCUAAAUGUAAGUCGCAAGCAUCUCGCUCAGCUGCUUAUGAUCUCCUUGUGGAACUUGUACGUGGUUCACCUGACAAUUACCGCAUUUUACAUGAAAAACUUCUUGAGCAACACAAACCAGGCCCCCACUCACCAUAUCCUUGGGAUUACUGGCCUCAUGAAGAUGGUCGGUCUGACUGUGGUUAUGUUGGGCUCACUAAUCUUGGAGCUACAUGCUAUAUGGCCUCAUGCAUGCAACAUCUAUAUAUGAUGCCUCAAGCCAGGACUUCUAUUCUUGGUGCCGUACCAACAGACAGCAAACAUGAGCAGACUCUUCGUGAAUUGCAGCGCAUGUUUGCAUAUCUCUUGGAAAGUGAGCGCAAAGCGUACAAUCCACGAAGCUUUUGUAAGGUAUACACUAUGGAUCACCAACCACUCAACACUGGUGAACAGAAGGACAUGGCUGAGUUUUUCAUUGAUUUAGUUUCAAAGCUUGAAGAAAUGACUCCUGAACUCAAGAAACUAGUAAAGUCCCUCUUUGGUGGUGUCAUCAGCAACAAUGUUGUAUCUUUGGACUGUGAUCAUGUGAGCAGAACUCUAGAGGAAUUCUACACUGUAAGGUGUCAGGUGGCUGAUAUGCGUAAUCUCUAUGAAUCUCUUGAUGAAGUUACUGUAAAAGAUACUCUUGAAGGGGAUAACAUGUAUACUUGUUCUCAGUGUGGAAAGAAAGUCCGUGCAGAAAAAAGGGCCUGCUUUAAGAAACUUCCCCAUAUCCUUUGCUUCAACACCAUGAGAUACACUUUCAACAUGGUGACGAUGCUCAAAGAAAAAGUCAAUACACAUUUUUCAUUUCCAAUGAGACUAGAUAUGUCUGGUUAUGUUGAACAGAAACUAAUGCCUCAUAGAUAUCAAGAAGAGAAAAAAAGGGCUAAACAGCGAAAAAUAGAAUUAGCUGCUAGUGAAGUCCUGCAGCCUGAUGUAACUGAAAAGGCAGAAGAUUGCGCUUCCGAUGCAGAAGAGUUCAAUGAACGUUAUGAUUAUGAUCUGAUUGGUGUCACUGUGCACACUGGGACAGCUGAUGGUGGGCAUUAUUAUAGCUUUAUCAGAGAUCGCACUACACCAAACAAAGAUAAAUGGUUUUUCUUCAAUGAUGCAGAGGUGAAACCCUUUGAUCCAAAUCAACUUGCUUCAGAAUGCUUUGGUGGUGAAAUGACGAGUAAGACAUAUGAUUCAGUGACAGACAAAUUUAUGGACUUCAGUUUUGAAAAAACAAAUAGUGCCUACAUGUUGUUCUAUGAAAGGUGUAGUUCACCUGAGGGAGAACAAUGUAGCUCAAAAGAAGUUGAUGCUGACUUUGCAGAAACAUCAUCUCAGAUCAAUCAAAGCCCUCCUCCCUCACAAACAUCAAGUCCACCAUCUUUUGAACUGAACAAAGAGUUGGAAGAUUGGAUCUGGCAAGAUAACAUGCAUUUUUUGAGGGACAAGAAUAUAUUUGAGCACAAUUACUUUAAUUUUAUGUGGCAGAUUUGUGGUUACAUCCCGCAAACUCUUCUCAGCCUUCAGCCUGACAUAACAGAAAUGGCAGCUCAGCUUUCUACAACUUUUUUCUUAGAAACAUUUAUUCAUGCCAAAGAAAAGCCAACCAUGGUUCAAUGGGUAGAACUCCUCACAAAACAAUUCAAUGCAUCGCAAGCUGCAUGUGAAUGGUUUUUAGAACAUGUAGCUCACAAUGACUGGUGGCCUGUUCAAAUUCUCAUAAAAUGUCCGAAUCAGAUGGUUCGACAAAUGUUUCAAAGACUCAGCAUACAUGUCAUAUCCCAACUUAGGCCUAUCCAUGCUCCUUUAUACUUAAAAAUGGAUUCAGAUGAUGACGGAUCAGAAGAAAUUGAUCCAGAUAAAAUUGGUUAUCUGUCUUGUGUUACAAAGUUUAUUCGCAUGCUCCUUUCUUUGAUGGAGCAUGGAGCAAAGACCCACUUAAAACAUCUCACAGAAUAUUUUGCUUUGCUGCUUGAGUUCAGUAAAAUGGGUGAAGAAGAGUGCCAAUUUCUGAUAUCAAUUCAUGCCAUCUCAACUAUGGUUAAUUUCUAUCUUGGACAGAAGAGCCAUGAAUAUGUGGAAGUUGUUAGUGAGGAAGAAGAUGAUGAAGAUGUUACUCCUCUUCCAACGGACAAGUAUAAACCUGCUUCUUUGGAAAAAAUGAUUACACUUGUCGCCAUGCUGGUGGAAAAAUCACGAGGGCUGGACCGAAAUUUACAACUGUCCACUCUCGACUUCAAUGCUUUUGCUGGUGGGAAAGGAUUCCCAUUUCUCUAUCAGCAAAUUAAAGAUUGUAUCAACCUCCAACAAACAAAAAAUCUUGUCCAUUCAUUGUGCCGUUGGAAUGACAGACUGGCCCAACACAUUGUGGGUAUGAUUUUCCAAGCAAUAAUGAAGCACUCAGAGAUUUGUCAGCCAUUUUUCAAAAUACUAACAUUAUUGGUAGAAACAAGUGGUACACCUAGUGGAUUACCAUGCUUCUCACAGUUAGUCUUGGCUCGUAUUUGGGAUGUAGCAGAGUAUUGUCCUCAGGCUACCCUUGAGUGGCUCUCUGCCCAAGUUCCUCGUAAUAAACUUGUGCACACGUGGGUCUUGCAGGGCUUAGACACUUGGGUAGAACAUUUUCUUGUUGGUCAUAACAACCAGCGGGUCCGCUCUGCUGCUGCUUAUCUGUUGGCAUCAUUAAUUCCAAGCCAAACUUUCCGUCAAGGAUUUCGCACAGCACGUCCCAUGCCCAGCCAUUACAAAGAAAUCAUAAAUUCUCCUGAAGCCUUGGCUGUUUUACACAAAGUUACUAGUGUUUUAUACCGUCUCCUGAAACCUAGUCGGCAUUAUGCUGAUGUGGGAACUCAUGGGACUAAUAAAUUGACUGCAUAUUUCUCAUUGCUCUCAUACUGUUGUAUGACCAACACUGAAAAACUCAUGCUACAACCAUAUUUUAUGGAUUUGUGGAACUUAUUCCACCCCAAACUUUCCGAGCCAGCUGUCCCAAUACACCACAACAAACAAGCAUUGUUACUCUUUUGGCAUCACGUAUGUGAAGGAUGUCCGGAAAAUGUUCAGUCUAUUUUAAACAAUCCUUCAAUCUUAAAAAACAUUGCCUUCAACUACAUUUUAGCUGACCAUGAUGAUCAGGAAGUGGUUUUAUUCAACCGUACUAUGUUACCAGCCUAUUAUGGUCUUUUAAAACUAUGUUGCUUACAAUCACGAUCAUUCACUCGUCAGUUAGCAGCUCAUCAAAAUGUGAAUUGGGCUCUGAAGAAUAUCACACCACACCCAACUCAGUACACCUUGGCUGUUGAAGAACUUUUUAAGCUGAUGGAACUCUUUGUCAUGAAACAUGCUGAUAGCACAGAACAAGACAUCCAUGAAAUCAAUACAUUCCGUAAACAUACAAUGCAGCUUUACUUGCAGAUAUUAGAUGGACGAUCAAUGUGGGCCACUCUCAUUCAAGCUUAUAAAAUACUUGUUGAGAAUGAUGAAGACCGGCUGACUAUCAUCCACAAUGGUGGACUUCAGAUGUUCUUUGAGGCUUUUCACACACUCCAUGUGAUGUACCAUGAGGCUACAGCUUGUCAUGUGUCAGGUGAUUUGUUAGAACUGUUGACUGCUCUUCUUGAACUACUGAAGUGUCUUCAAAUGUCUCGAGAUCAAAGACUGGAUCAAGUAGCUGCUGGCAGAAGUGACCAAGAAGUGGAUACUCAAUCUCCUGCUCAGCUCAUUUUAAGUUGUAAAGAAUGGAUGGACAUGUUGCGUAAACUUGCCACACUUUUGAAUUCAUACAACUCUGAUGAAAUGCGAAAACUAAGCUUAGAUUUAUUGGCUCAGAUGGCAGCACUCAUACCAAAUGAAGUGACACAAGUAGUUGCUCCUUUACUUCUUCAUUGUCAUACAGCUGUCCAAGAAAAUCAUAACCCUGUACCCAUGGGACCCUUCUUUCCUCGUAGUGGUGGCAAACAGGCCACGUUGGGCAUGAAGGCCUCCUCUCGUCCAGUUCGACCAAUGGUACAGAUGUCGGUGCCACACAAUCAAUUGGAACCUGCAAAGGGUAUGGAUCCUACUUAUGAUCAGGCAUUGGAAGAUUAUUUUGGACCAUAUCAUGAUUUUCUGGACACAUUAUGCCGUAUAGCUGUUGCAUCAGGAUGCAUGACCGAUCAGUUAGUCAUUCUCAGUGCUAUGGUUGGGUUUGAAGCUGUUCCUCUACACUUUACACGCUUUCCCAAACUGUGGCUUGACAUAUAUCAUUCUCAAAAUGUGGACCGCAAAUAUAUUGUUAAACUUGUAAAUUCAAACUACUUUGUGGAUUAUGUUGAAGCUGUCCUCUUGGAUGAGAGAAGUUCUCUUAACAUUCCUGUUAUUUUUAACUUCUUAUCCACUUACUUUCCCAAGGUUUGCAAGCAGGUGCUAAAUGAUCAAACCCUUCGAGUUCUUCAAAGCAUUCCAGGAAAGUUACAUGAAUUGGUGGGCAAUGUGGACGUAGUGUCGGAUGCAGCUAGGUUAAACGGUGACUUGCGUGCAUUAUUAUUGGUUCAGCGUGUUGCUCCUCAGCCCCCAAACACAAAUGCAUCUCAAUCUGCUCCUUUGACAACUACUCUCUCACUUCUUCUUAAAAAAAUUAUGUCUGCCAAGGAGUCUGUUUCUACGGACGAUAAUAAUAAAACUGGUGAUCCCCCAUCAAAGAGAAGGAAGAUAAGUGGUGGUGAAGAAUCCCCUGAAAAAGCGGAAGAAAGUGAAAAGGAUGUAAGUGCUGACCCUACCAGUAGUAAAGAACCUCUCACCAAUUGUGAGAGUUCUAGCAGCAGUAGUUGUGGUGCUGGUGGUUCAGUGGAAGGGGCAAAGGAAAAGACACCCUUAUUUUGGUUAGAACAGCUAGAAAUGACUGUACGUGAAAUCUUGGGCAUGCUUGAGACAAAGACAAAAACCUGAUGCUUGAUUGCAAGUUAUGUUGUUAUUUUGAGUGAUUUUCUAUCUAAGUGUUGGUUGAUUGUUCUGGUUGAAUGUGAUAACCGUAGGUACAUUUGUUAAAAUUAAGACUUUGUGACUCUUUGUAGACUUAAGUUGUGGCAUGAAAAUGGAAGGGCAACUAACUACCAUGGGGUUCUGUUAUUGUUAUGACUAUCGAAUUCCACCUAGUAAUGUGGUUGUAGAGUUUGUUGCUUGUUAUUCAAUUAAAAGAACGAUACAUUUUUCAGUCCUAAGAUUAACUUGUUUGUAAUUUAUUUCAUGUUUAUUGUGCAUAUUUGUCCAUAUUUGUAUAUGUUGUCUAUAGUGCUCUAACAAGUUGUGGGUGAAAAAAUAUGAAAAAAUAAAUUUUGUGAUCUAAUUGUUAAUUUGUUUCGUAUCAGGCUAGUUUUAGAUUUUUAUAUGUUCAAGCCAAGUUUUAGAGAAUUUUCUAAUGUUUUUUGAAAGACGCAAAUCUCAGUGACAUUCAGUCUUAAAGUAAAUAUCUAAAACUUUCAGUAGUGGCUGGGGCUGGAGCCACUGCUUUGCACUGUGAAUAUCUAACUUCUUGUGCUGAAAGAGCAUAACGUUUAAAAGUUUUGUAAAUAUUUAGCACUUUUUUGUUCAGUGUCCACUUUUGUGCAUCAUUUCUAAUUGCCAUUUAUCAUCACUUGCUUUUCUUACAAGUUCAACAAAGAAAAGUUUUGGUGUCUUGGCGAAUUAAGUAGAUGAGACCAAAGAAUAAGGGAAUUGCAUUAUGUGGUUUCAUGGCUAAAAUCCAUGCUUGUAUAACUUUGCCAUCAUUCUAUACCCCCCUUUUUUUUGUUUUUAAAUUCAUCUGUAAACUAGGAUGAUACAGUGGUUUGCUGAUCAUUGGCUUGAGUUCUGUGCUUCUGACAAUUAUGUUUCUUUUUUACUACAAACUGUUUUGUGAAAUUUUAUCUGUAUUUUCUGGAAACUUCAUUGUUUCUGAUCUAAUUAUUCUUUCAAUGUUAUUGUGUACUAUUUUAUUGUUGAUUUUAGAAACAAACUUUUCCCAAUACUCUAUUAUAAGCAAUGAUGAAUUAAGAUACAGAUGAUGAAACUACUUCUAACUAAUGAUGGUUGUUUGGGUGCAUUUUAGGUAUGUUGUGUUUGUGCAUAUUCUUGGCUUGGUCUGGUCAUGAUGCAGUAUCAAUUUUUCCUUAGCUGGUAUUUUCUUACCAUUCAUUGUUACUGUAAUCCUAUACCCAUUUUAUCAUAUUCUAACUGCUAAUUCUUUACAAUCUUUCAAAUCUGUUAGUAAUGGCACAGGUUUAUCACCUGUCAUGAUAUCUGAUGUGUGUUAGUGAUUUAAUCUAAUUAAUUAUUUAAUGCUCAAACAAGAAUUCAUUUUAGAUAGAAAGAGGAAGAAAUGAGAAGUUAUUGUGUUAUUGCUACACAACAAUGUAUUUUUGGUUCAAAUUCACACAGGCUUUCUAUUGGUCCUGAGGAAUUUAAUAAUUAUCUUUUUACAUAGAGUAAAGAGUUCCAAAACUCUUGUGUAAAUGAAUUUUCUUCCUUUUUGAUAUCUUUUGUUUGUUUUCGUAUUAUUUUUUGUUUGGCCAAUUUCAACUUAAUAUGUGCAUCUUUUUAAUUCAGACCCUUUUUUCCACUACAGGCAAUGUGAAAACAACUUCUAAGUGGAAAGUCAUCCCUCUAUGACUGUAGAAACUGAGUUCUUAUCUAUUUCUUUCCUCUAUUGUUAUUAUUAUUUUUUGUACACUCUGCAGACUGACUGGCUUGUAAUUUUUCUUCUGCUUUUUCUUCAGUUUACUUUUCAUUUAGAGGAAGUGACUUAAAAGUCAAGCAUUGUGAUUGAAUUUAAAGAGUUUUCUGCAGAUUUUCUAUACAGCACACAAGGUUUAUACCCAUAUUUAAUGUAUGUAUUGUAUAUUGUAAAGCAUGACCUGGUGUACUGUAUAGACCAUCUACAGACCUCUGUGAUGAAUUUCAAAGUCUAUUUUAUUGGUUUAGUUUUAUAAUAAAACUGUACAUAUCACUUAUUUAGGGAAAAGCUUAAAUGUUAUCUUGUUUGUAUACCCUUUGUCUACAUCUAUUUGUUAAAAAAGAGAAAUCAUAACUCAUUCAAAGUGUCAAUUUAUUGUGCUUACCUGUGCUGUAUACAUUUCUGCUUAUAGCUUUUGAGCCUAUGGCUUGUCUUUAUGGAUAAUUACAUCCAUUUCUUCAUUGAUGAAAAGGACUGCAUUUGGUAUGGUACAAAAAUUAAGACUGUGAAUGUGUAUUUCACUCAAUUGCUCAGCAGUCACAGGCCAAUUCCUUUUCAGUUUCACUUAGAUAAUAAAUUUGUUAUUUUCUGGUUACUAGAAUUCGCCAUUUUGUUUGUGGUUAUUUGGGUGUUAGCCAAUGGCAGGGGCCUCGCUCAUAAACUACAUUCACAAAAAGAAAUCUUAUAUUUUCUCUAGUCUUUAUGUUGCAAAGUGAAUGUUUCCAUUUAAUUGGUGCAUCCAUGUUCAUAAAUUCUUGGAUAACAUAUGACAAAUAUUUGUGAUGUGUUUUUCUGCUGACUGGGGAAAGGAGUCAUCCCCUUUUGCUGCUUCUUUUGGUUUGCCAAUAACUUUGCAUUGUUUUAUCCCUCAAUUAUUGACUGGUUCUAACCCUUUCCUUCAUAAAAAAAUUGAUCCAGAUGAUUUGUAUGUGCAGUCACUCAUUUGCUUUUAUCAAGAGAACAUUGUGAAAGUUUUACAUCCAAUGAUUUUGAAACAUUUUGGUUGUUUUAUCAAUCUUAGCAAUUAAACUUGUGUAUAUUUUUUGCAUCACAUAAGUUCUAUAAAAGUAUGUGCAACAGGCUUCUCAAACCUGCUGUUCUUCUGAGAGAUAAUUCUCUUGAAUAAUUAAAUAUGCCAUGUAAAGUGUUCUCCUGUUCCACGCCUCAUUUCUGUAAAUACAACUCUUCAAAUUAUGCUGUUAUAAAUUAUGCUUUGUGUGUCAAUGUAUAUGUGCCAUGGUGUCUGAACAAAUGGGGCCACUCAUGUGUGCAUUCCAGACAGUUUUUUUUUGUACUAUCAUUCUAUUUGAUUCAUAGAUGUAGUUAUUGUGUGUAGAACAUAAAGUACAUUGUAUUGACUGUAUUGCAUUUUCCCCUUACCUUAUCCCUCUGUGAUACCCUGCCUAUAAAAGAAAUGGUGGAAUGGAAUAAACUAGAUUUUGUAAGUAGAA